UUGGCUAGUUCAUUCGUCGAUUCCCAUCCAAUGGGAAAGAUUCAAAGGUAUUCCAAAGAUACAGAAUCUAGGGUGGAGGUCAAUUGUCCUCAGAUUGUGAAGCAAUAUAAUGCCCAUAUGGGGGGCGUAGACUUGGCGGACAUGCUUAUCGCUCUAUACCGUUCAAACUUUAAAACUAAGAGGUGGUACAUGACCAUGUUUUCACAAUCUCUGGAUAUUUGCGUCAACAAUGCUUGGUUAUUACAUAGGAGAGAUCAUGCUGAUCCUAAAGACCGUUUACCUCUCAAAAAAUUUCGGAUACAGAUAGUAUCUGAGCUUUUACAUAAAAACAGAACGAGGGUGACAGUGAGUCAGGAAAACGAUCCUCCUAAAAAAAUAAUUACUCCAGCUGCUCCAAGACCGACUGAUGCUGUACGAUAUGACAACAAUGGACAUUUACCCAUGUUUGUGUCGUAUGGACGGUGCAAAUACUGUAAAAAUGGGUACACAAAUAUUACUUGCUCAAAAUGUAUCCUCAGGCUGUGUCUAGUUAGUAAGAGAAACUGUUUUUAUAAUUACCAUGUUAAGUAA